UGACGUAUCUAGAGUGUUCCAGAAAGAUCUCGACAUUCGAUGUAGGUUAUUUAACCGAUGACAAACCUGUCAAAACUCACAGUCGAUAUUGGUCGAGAUGGGGAAAGAUUACUAUAGGAUCCUUGGCAUAAGCAAAAAUUCAACGGACGAUGAUAUCAAAAAAGCAUAUAGAAAACUUGCUUUGAAGUACCAUCCCGACAAAAACAAGUCUGCCGAAGCUGAAGAAAGGUUCAAAGAGGUAGCUGAGGCGUACGAAGUGUUGUCGGAUAAGAAAAAAAGGGACGUUUACGAUUCCUACGGUGAAGAAGGAUUGAAAGGAGGAGGAAGCAGCCCAUUCGGGAAUGAUGGCUUUACUUACACCUUCCAUGGAGAUCCACGUGCAACAUUCGCACAGUUUUUCGGAAACACCAAUCCCUUCCAGUAUUUUGCAUUUCCUCAGGACUUUUUCGGCUACGACGACGACAUGGAGGGCCAAGGUCAUCCGUUCGGCAGCGUCUUCCAGUUCACCACGAAUGUUUCUUCAGGAGGGGGUUGUGGUAAUUCACGGGUCCAACAGGACCCUCCCAUUGAGCAUGACAUCUACAUUGCUCUGGAGGACAUCGCCAGCGGGUGCACCAAGACAAUGAGGAUCACCAGGAAGGUGUUGAGAAAUGGUCGGUUGGAAAAGGAGGACAAGAUGCUCACUAUACAUGUUAAGCCUGGGUGGAAGGCGGGCACCAAGGUAACGUUUCCGAAGGAAGGCGACCACUGUCCUAACAAGAUACCUGCAGAUGUGGUGUUCACAAUCCGCGACAAGCCUCACCCUCUCUUCAAACGCGAUGGUAGCGAUCUUAAGCACACUGCUAGAGUCACACUGAAACAUGCUUUGUGCGGAUGCGUAGUUACUGUACCUCUGCUGGGUGGAGGACAGAUGGCUCUGGACUUUUCAGAAGACGUCAUUAGUCCAGACACGACUAAAAGGAUACCUAGACAUGGGUUGCCGUUUCCGAAAGAACCCAGUAGAAGAGGCGACUUAGUUGUUAACUUCGACAUAGGGUUUCCUGAUGGUAUCAGCACGAGGCAAAAGAAGAUUCUCUCAGAAAUUUUACCCUAGGUAUCUGAUUUCUAUUAAAAUCAUGUUCUUAGAUACAUUUUAAACAUAUCGUUAUCUACAGUAGCGGACAAAAGUUUUGAAACAAAACAUUAUUAUGAACUGUUUCAUAAACCUAAAUUAAAAUUGUGAAGGAACAGAUAAUAUAAAAACGGAAAACUACCUUUGACACCCAUACUAACGCAAAGUUUAUCUUAUCAAUAUUCAAAUUAUUUGAAAAUAAAGACAUGCGUUUUUUUAAAUAAUACAGUUUUUGUGAGGACAAAAGUAUGGAAACAUUUCAGUUCUGCGAUACUCUGAUGCGUUCGCUAAAUAAUAACAUCAAUGAGAAUAGCAAAAGAUUUAAG